AUGCAUUUAUUAGAUAAAAUAAGCAGAAAGAAGAAAGAUUCGGGACUAAUAACAGCUGGACACUUCAGAAAAAUUAUAAAUUUGGAAAAAAAGAAACAUCCUCUACCUCGUACCUCUUUCAACCAAUUACAGCCAAAUUAUAAUAUCUGUGAUCCAUCUCCAAUAAUCAAUGUAACUACAAUUGCUUCUAAAUCUUCUAGUGUUGUACCUAAUAACCAUUUUGUUGAAUAUCCUUUAAAUGACAUAUUAACAACACAAAAUAAUACACCGUUUAAUGUUUCAAACAUUUCAUCUGAUGACCCUAUUGGUCAAAAUGUACAACCCUAUAGUAUUGAUAGUAUUGACUUAAAAGAUAAAAUUCGAUCUUGGAUAUUACAUCAUAAGGUAUCCCAUAAUUGUGCCAAUUCUAUAUUAAAAAUUAUGAAAUCUGAAGGUUUACAAGUUCCUAGUGAUGUACGUACCUUGAUGAAAACACCUCUGUCUCAUGAAAUUGUUAAUAUGGAUAACGGUUCUUACAUCCACUUUGGACUAGAAAAAAUGUUAACUCCAAUUUUAAAAAAGUACUUCAAUAAAAUAGACUUAAAUAAUGUUUUAAAAAUAGGAAUUAAUAUAGAUGGCCUGCCAAUUUCAAAAUGUUCUAAAAAUCAGCUAUGGCCAAUAUUAUUAUCAAUCAUUAACUGUAAUGAAUUAUCUGAUUUUGUAAUUCCAAUAGGGAUAUUUCAAGGAUUAACAAAACCAUCGUCAGUUAAUGAAUACUUUCACCCCUUUUUAUUGGAUAUUUCAGCAUUAUUAGAAAGUGGUCUUUGUGUAAAUGAUACAAUAUUUAAAUUUGAGAUAAGUCAUAUUGUUUGUGAUUCUCCCGCUAAGGCAUUUUUAUUGAAUGUAAAAGGACAUAACGGUUAUUUUGGUUGUUCAUCGUGUACUCAAGAGGGCAGGUAUUUACAAAAUAGAAUGACAUUUCCUGAUAUUGAUGCUCCAUUAAGAUCUAAUGAAAGUUUUCGUAAUAGAGUAAAUGAAGAUUAUCAUAAAGGUGAUAGUCCGUUAGAACUAUUACCCAUUAAUAUUGUGGACAGCGUUUGUUUAGAUUACAUGCAUAAUAUAUGCCUUGGAAUCACUAAAAGACUUGUUGAAUUUUGGGUAAAGGGUAAAAAAGAUGUUCGACUAAACGAGGAAACCGCCUACCAAGAGCAAUAG